GUGAUACGAAGAAGUAGCGACGAGGAAAAGUUGCUGUGCUUGGUACGUCAGCGUGCGGGACACCACUGUCAAACUGCUGUCAUCGUGAUUCUCAUCCUGGCCUGGGAAGGGAUCCCUCACCUCCUGGCUGACACGCUGUACAAAGAGCUGACACAGAGCCUCAGAAAGUACGGCUGUCCCACCAGCCGGAGGUGUGCGUUAAACGAAGAUCGUACUUGUGCUUGUCAAGGACUUGAUCCAGAAACUUGUGGAGCAUCAUUCUCAUUUGGCUGUUCAUGGAGUAUGUAUUUCAAUGGCUGUAAAUUUGCCAGAAGCAAAAAUCCCAGGAAAUUUAGACUUCUCACUGAUGACCCUAAACAAGAGGAACUUCUUGAAAAUAAUUUGCAAACUUUAGCUACCGAUGUGGCUCCGGUUUAUAAAAAGCUUGCUCCUGAGGCUUUCCAGAACCAGGUGGAGAACGAGCACAUGGGCCCCGACUGCCGGCUGGGGUGCAAGGACGGCCGGCCCUUCUCCGGCGUCACGGCCUGCAUCGACUUCUGCGCCCACGCCCACAAGGACACGCACAACAUGCACAACGGGAGCACCGUGGUCUGUACACUAACGAAGGAAGAUAACCGGAGAGUGGGGGUGAUUCCCAGCGAUGAACAGCUCCAUGUGUUACCUCUUUACAAAAUUUCACAAACAGAUGAAUUUGGCACUGAAGAGGGACUGGAAGCUAAGAUAAAAGCCGGAGCCAUACAGGUGCUCACAGCUUUUCCCAGGGAAGUGCGAAUGUUGGCUGAGCCACUCAGAGCUACAAAGAAGAAGAAACCAGACACAAGGAGGACCCCGACUGAAAAGCAGCCAUUAAUUGAUAAAAAAUACUCAACACCAGUCAAGCUGAAAACUGAGGCCCCAGAAAAUCUUGGCAACACUUUGCAUUGUUUAGGGAACAAAACAGAUGCUUUAAAACCUGGAAUAAAAAUGGAGGCUUCCGAUCACCUCUACGCCAUGAAACAUACUUCAAACACUACUAAAAAUUGCUCCAUAUUAAAACAGUAUACGGCGUCCUCCCCUUUCAAGGUGGAUAGUUUACAUCCUUAUUCCUCGUUAGCACAUCAGCCUGGCAUAACAGCAGUGACCAAUAUUCAACAAGAUUUUUCAGUUCCCUACGGGUAUUUUGAAUGCAGUAGCAAGCAACCUCACGUGACACCUUAUGUUAGUUGUAAGAACUUUGAUGUGUCGGUCAAAGAUUAUACUGGAAUUUUGCUGAACGAUAAGAUGAAUGGUGUGCCACCGAUUCUUCCAGAGGUCUCUGCGCCAGGCCCCCCAGCCCAUAAAGACCCCCUGCCCACUAUACUUGAACAUCAGCCAGAGAAGCAGAAUUGCCAGCUGCAGGCGGACAGCGCUCCCCCUUCGCAGGCGACGGGCUCUCGCGAUCCGUCGGUACCGCCCGGCUCUCCGGCAGAGGAUGCGGUGGGACACGAGGCCGACUGCUCCCGGGGGUGCCCGGCGGAACAGGGCAGCGCCCAUCGAGAACAGACGUGUGGUUUUGACUGUGCUGACGAAAAGCAAAGCAGUGCACUGGGCCAGCCGACUGAUUCGGAAGAAAAAGCUGAGGAAAUGUGGUCAGACAGCGAGCACAAUUUUUUGGAUGAUGACAUUGGCGGCGUUGCCGUGGCACCUUCUCAUGGUUCUAUCUUAAUUGAAUGUGCGAGGCGUGAACUCCACGCUACCACGCCUAUCAAAAAACCCAACCGCAAUCAUCCCACGAGAAUUUCUUUAGUUUUCUAUCAACACAAAAAUUUAAAUGAGCCAAAACAUGGUUUAGCCAUGUGGGAGGCAAAGAUGGCCGAGAGGGCGAAAGAAAAAGAAAAAGAAGCAGAGAGAUCGGGAGCGGAGAACAGUGAACUAAACUCUAGCAGCAGGAAAACAAAGCAAACAAGUGAAAACAGAGAUCUUUUUUAUGAAGACAAUGAGUUCAACCAAAUUCCAUCACGCCGAGCAUUAACAGUAACUAAGGAUAACGUAAUAACAGUAUCUUCCUACGCCCUGACGCGAGUGGCGGGGCCCUACAACCAUUGGGCAUAG